ACGUAUUCGAUUAUUGACAUUUCGUGUUAUGGAAAGUAAUGGAAACUCUCAUAUUUUAUAUUUUACUUACUUAUUAUUUAAAGUGCUAAGAUAUAACUAUUUUGUAAAAAUAUAAGCUAUCAUAAUAGUGAAAUUGACGGGAUAUUUAAAGCAUGUCAAUUUGGAAUCCUGGACUUAAAAAUGUGGUUGACGAUCAAUCUGAAUUUUUAAGCGAUUUUCCCAAGAAAUCAUUUAGUAAAAUUGAUGCUACAUCAAAACUACAAGUAAUUCAAGCUCUAGAUAAUGGUCAAUGUAAAUCUGAUAUAGCUAGAGAGUAUGGUGUUCACCCUCAGACUAUUUUAUCUAUUUACAAACAGAAAGACGCAAUAAUAAAAAAAUACAACCAGAAAUAUAACCUUCUUAAGGAAAUCUGCAGUCUUAAUUUAGAACAAAACCUUCUUGAUUGGUUUGAACAACAAUUUAAGAGUGGAAAUGUUAUCACUGAAGAUCAACUUCGUACUAAGGCACAAGAUAUACUCAAGGGAUUAAGUGAAAAGUUUACUAGUAUUGAUGACUGGCUGUUAAGCUUUCGUACAAGACAUAAUAUAUCCAAAUAUUCAUCUGAUGAUAUGUACGGCGAAAAAGCUAAAGAAGAUUGGAAAAGGUUUCUGACCAAUUCUCAGCCAAAUGAUGUUUAUUUGGGAGGUGUUUGUGCAUUAUCACACAACCUUGACUAUGCUAGCUACCUAAAUGGCCAACAUGCUGAAAGUUAUGUUUCCCUACUGCUCUUGGUGAAUGCAUUAGGAACUGACAAAAAGGAAGUAGCAGUGGCAGGCAAAGAAUCAAUGGAAACGGAAAUACAUGUUAGAAGUUUACCAGUCUCUUAUUACUAUUGUCUAAAUUCACAAAUUAAUUAUUCCAUUAUACAGAAUUACUUAACUAAGUGGAAUAAUGAGCUGGCUUCUAAAGGAAACCAUGUCACUUUGGUACUUGAUGUGCCGGAAAGCAUGAUUAACAGUAUGAAAUUUGAAAAUAUAAGAGUACUUGGUACAACAGAACUAAGCUAUGUGACAAACAUUUUAGAAAAGGUAGUGGAGUGUUUCAAGUAUCACUAUCGAAGAUUGCAAAUUAGUAGAAGUUUAACUUAUGGUAAAGACAACUCAACAUUCAUGGAUUAUGUACAUAUGAUGGGUAUGGCAUGGCACAACAUACCACAAAAAUAUAUCCAGAGCCUAAGCUAUCCUCCUGGAGAUGGCAGUUUAUUCUUUAAUGUCAAAGAAGAUAGUGAUAAUGAUCAUAGUUUAUCACGAUGGUGUAAGAUGUAUAACAUACCUCUGAAUUAUGACCAAUGUCCAAGUUCAUUGGACAUGAUUAUUUUUUGUGACAAGAAAUUGCCAUGUAUUUUUCGAGGGCAACUGGAUGAAAAUAUGCAAGCUACUGAUGUGUUCAGUCAGAAAGUAUGCAAUUCAACCUCAGGAAUGGAGGCCUACCAGGCUAUGAAAAGAAUUGUUUCUUAUUUACAAGGGGAGAAUGCAGGAAGUUCUAUCAUGAAAUAUGCCAAAUAUUUGGAAAAUCAUCUUGAAUAUGGAGCUCUCCUACACAUGCACCAAAUUAUAGCUAGUACAAAUGAUUCCAUUUAAAAUAAAAUAUUGUUCUAAAGAAAA